AUGGCUACCGUCGCUGAAAUGAUUAAGGGUUUGUGGAAGCCACCUCGUGUCCCCAGUAUCCGACUUGAGAAAGACCGAUUAGAUCGGACGCUUCCUGAGAACUUCAUAUAUUACAAGUAUUGGGGCUUUAAUAUAUACCGUACUUACUACGGUGAAGGGUCUGAUAAGUAUUGGGCUAUGCUCCUGGAUGCGUUAAAACGACAGACCUACCUUGCGCUUCGGUACUACAAACAGGAUUGCGAGUACGAGAAUAAUACCAAGAGGUGUAGGUAUAGUAUCUAUCAACAUGCCAACAAAGAGGAGUAUAUGGAGGACCCGGAACGAUUGCGGAAGCUGUUUCAUCUUGAGCUUCGUGAAGACCCGCAACUUGACGGUCUUAAUAUACACCAAGUUCGGAAGAUAUGCGCUGAGGAGCACAAUCAAGGGAAGACAAUAACAGCGGGAGCGCGGGUUCACUAUGUUCUUGUUGCAGACAAAGCUGAUAGGUCUAAGAAUCGGGGCUGGAUGAGGAUUCUGACCGGGUACUUGCUGGAGCUUUGGCAAUCACUUGUGAUGUCCAAUAAUAUCGAUCAGGAUACUGUUUGGUUCCUCGGGCCUGAGGAAGACCUCGAAAAAUACAUCUGGCCCGGGGAAUACUCACUGUCACAAACUGGUUGUUGUUCUGAAGUACGAUCUGGACUCUAUCAUUACAGUGGUCAAGCCCUUUGGCACAAGAGUGAAGAGAUUCGGGAGGCCCGCGCGGCGUGGAGGCGGGAGCAAUCAAGAACAACAAAGACGUAG